UCACUGGCAAUAGUUUAGUUUUGUGAGGAAUAAAUUAUUGUUAAACUAAUUUCUUGGUUAAUUAAAAUUAAAUAAAAGGCAACAGGCCAAAAGCCCAAUAAGAAACUGAUCCAAUUUAGGAGUAUUAAAUAAAAAAGCAAUAAGGAGUAUUCGUUGCGGUGCGUAACCUAACAUACUAGUAUUACUAUUCCUGCAAUCGGAGACCGGCAGCCACCACCUCCGGCAACGCAACAUGGCGUGGUUUCUCCCGGAAGAACUUGUGGUAGAAAUCUUUUCAUGGCUUCCGGUACAAUCUCACGUGUGUGUCAAAAUCAAUCAUGUAAGUCUCUCAUCUCCGAUUCUGCAUUCGUGAAACUUCACCUUCACCGGUAAUCUUCUAGAAAUGCAGAUUUUUCGAUGAUUUUCGCCGACCUUAUAUCUCAUCUCGCUCUGUAACUUCACUCUUGGAAUUGGAACCUGCAACGGCUUGAUUUCUUUUAUGCAAAUUACAAUUUGAUUAUGCAAUUAGGAAAUACUGCUCGCUGCUCUGUUUCUGGAACCCAGCUACCAGAACAAUGCCUCAAUUCGCCCCACCUUUAUAUGCCAAUCCUAGGAGUUUUGAGGGAUUCCCUAUGUGUUUCUCAAAAUGACAAGAAAACCCGUAAUUUUGUGGUUUGGCAAAUGAAGGAGUUUGGAGUGCACAAGUCAUGGACUCAGUUGUUCAACAUCAUUGGCGAUGACAAUUUUUUUAGCUGGCCCCGGUUUGCAACGUGCUUAUCUUAUCUGAGAAUGGGGAUGCCUUGUUGUUGUCAACAUAUGGUGGGUCCCAAGCAAUUCUCUAUAUCGGGAGAGAUCAUAAAUAAAUUAGUAGACACCAAAAUUGCUAGCGACAUCGUUGGUUGCUCUCUCACCAAUUACAUUGAAAGCUUGGUUUCACCUGUUAAAUGCCAAAUUCUUCUCUGCAACAAUAUAUUAGCUGAAAACAUCUAGGGCCAGCACAAGAGCCUUUGCUGGAAUGGUUACAUACAGUGACACAGAUAUGACCAUUGAGUGUGUGAGUAAAUUGCAGCAAAGGGGGCAAGUUCUUUGACUAAUGAAUUGAAUGGUUUUGAAACUUCAAUAGCGGACAUGAAAAUUUAGUUUUUGAAACCAGGAAGAAUGCACUUUACAUACAACAUUGUGGGCAGAGUUUGGUUGGCCUGGAAAUGUUUUUAACUAAUAGUAGUCCUGAAUCCUGAUUGUUGUGAAAAACUGCAAACUCAAGUUAUUCAUGAAAACAGGUGAACUUUUUUGCCAUGAACUGCAACAUUUUUUUUUUUGGAGCGAGCAUUUCAUGCUGUUAUUGUGCUUGAUUCGUACUACAGAAGGAUACUAUCACUGAAGUAGGAUAGAUUUGUUAAUGGCCUUUGUUUUACUUUAAUUUGUUUAAAGGCUCUUCUCCAGGCUCCCCAUCAGGUUUUGUUGCUUUCAAUUCAUUACCAUUUUCAUCUUUUUAAUUUUCUACGCAUAGAUAUGACGUACGUGUUCUUGACAAUAAAUUGUUCAUUGUUUUCUUGGUCAUGUCGAGAUAAAUGUAUAGAAACGUAUAUCAGUGUCUGUGAUAUACUUAAUUUUCCCAUUUGCAUGCUGCUAUGGGUUCCAUUGACUAAGCAUGUGAUUUGUUUUUAACUAAUGGGCCCAAUGGGCAUAUUCUGCUCGAGGUUCUUGCUUAGGCUGAAUAAUAUACAAGAUAUACGUAUUAUAAUGAA